CGAAAAUAAGAGAGAGAGGAGGGGAGGAGAGGCCCUGUGACCUCACGUGACAUGUGACGCGGGCUCCACCACUCAAGGAGGGGAGCUGGAGGAUGGCGAGGAUACAGAGAGAGCUGUGGCUUUAGCCGGCGCUAGUAAACACUGCCGCUCCAGUCAGGUCACCACCGUGGGACACCACGUCUCCUGACAGAGAGAGAGAACCUAGGUAACCUCAGAGCCACUGCCCACUGACGGACUGGACCAGCACAGCACCACACCUCCCUGCCACCCUACCCCAGGCCGCUAACAGGACGUUCAGAUCUGAUACAGCAACGGGUUGAUCAUUAUCAACUGUAGAGGGCUGGCGACGACUCUGGCACCACUUCAGGCACGAGGACAUGGCUUCUAACAGCAUCUUUGAUUCCUUCGGCAACUACGGCCCCACUCUACUGAGAGACCCUAACACCACCAGACGGUUCACACCGCCCUCCACGUCGUUCCCCUGCAGCAAGAUUGGAGACGGCAGCGGGACCAUGGGCACCCCUGGACCACUGAGGACACGACCCGAGGCCAGGAAUGUGGUGGACGUCCUGUCAGACCACGCUGGCGAGCUGGUCCGUACAGACAGCCCAAACUUCCUCUGCUCCGUGCUGCCCUCACACUGGAGGUGCAACAAGACACUCCCUGUGGCUUUCAAGGUUGUUGCACUCGGUGAUGUACCCGACGGGACUCUGGUCACUGUGAUGGCGGGGAACGACGAGAACUUCUCUGCAGAGCUGAGGAACGCGUCUGCGGUGAUGAAGAACCAGGUCGCCCGCUUCAACGACCUGCGGUUUGUGGGCAGAAGCGGACGAGGAAAGAGCUUCACUCUGACCAUCACAGUCUUCUCUGGUCCCCCUCAGGUGGCCACCUACCACCGUGCCAUUAAAGUGACAGUGGAUGGGCCCAGGGAACCCAGACGUGAGUACUUACAGGGACACAGGGUGAAGCUAGAGGAUCCCCAGAAGAUGCAGUUUUCUGAUAGGCUGACAGAGAUUGAGCGCUACCAGCGGGCCAGCCUGAGGAUGGGGCCUGGUAACCCCCAGCCCCGGCCCAUGCACCAGAGCCACCUGGGGCCCUCCACCCAGUCCCAGAUACAAGCCCUGUGGUCUGACCAGAUUGACCCACCAGCUCUGAAGACAUGCAAAGUGGAGGACGACCUCAGAUGGUCAAGUCCCACCGCUGAUCUCUUCCCCCAGAGGACCUCCUUCCCCUCUCUGUCCCCGCUGACUGACCCCCGUUUCUCAGACCCACGUAUGCACUACCCAGGAGCCUUCACCUACUCAGCCAACCCCUCCAGCACGGGCAUCGGAGGCCUCAGUGUGACGGGAAUGUCUGCCUCCUCCCGCUACCACACCUACCUGCCCCCGCCCUACCCAGGCAACCAGAACCAGGGAAGCCACUUCCAGUCCAACUCCUCCCCCUACCACCUGUACUACGGCACCGGGUCCGGCUCUUACCAGUUCUCCAUGGUGGGCCCGGGCGGGACCGGGGGUGAGCGCUCCCCCAGCCGCCUGCUGCCCUGCUCGGGGGCCUCAGCCUCUGGAGUUGGCAACAGCCUGAUAAUCCAGGGCCUGAGCAACCAGAGCGAGGGGGUGGAGGCAGACGGCAGCCACAGCAACUCCCCUACGACCAUGAGCGGGUCUGGACGCAUGGACGAGUCUGUCUGGAGGCCCUACUGACUGUUAGACAACUAGAGCAAAUGUAGGACAGAGAAGAGAGAGAGAAAGCAAAAGUCAAGAAGUUAUAUGAAACAAAAAAAGAUUAAUCCUUCCCCCAAAAAUAAAUGUUGCAUGUUUGUCUUUUCUUUAUCCCGCACUCGCUUCGUACCCUUUUCCUAGUUGACCAAAGACAUUCAAUGUCUGUCAGAAUGCCAUGGCCAGAGGUGGCCUUUAUGAAGGCCAUGGGUACACCCUGCACUGUGACAGGGACUAUUCUCUGAGACUCUGAAAGCCAUACAAAACUCAUUAUUUUCAAUUGAUGAGUAAGAACUGCAAAAUAACUGCAAAUAGAUGUUAAGGUGUUAGAACAAAUAAGCCAUAGUAAUAUACUGUAUCAGGUUCUUCUGAAAAACAGGUACAACAUGCAUACCAUAGACUAUGAAAAGGCUAAACUUACACAUCCAUUCAUUCUAUGCAGCUGAUGAAUGGUAAAAAUGCAAGUGCUAUUGUGGCUGAUCAGCCAACGAGACCAAAACUAUCCUUAUCCCUCAGAUAAGGGAUACCUUUCUUGGCGUUACGAGCUAAACAUCCAGAACAGUGACUGUACUGCCUCAACGGCCUUUGACUGUUAUGUGAAAACAGAAGUCAAACAGGAUGUUUGCUUCACGUGACUCAGAAACUGCCCUAGAUGACAUGUGGCUGUAUUGCUAAUGUAUACUGAUCCUGAAGCUUUUAUUUUGUGAGCGGUUUGGAGAAUCAUCCAUCAGUCCAUGAAAGAUCAUCAAGAACAAUCCAUCGUCUCAAAGUAGUUAUGCAUUGCUUGAAAAUUGCAUUUAUUAUCUAUACUAGGAUGGAUCAGUCCUUGGAGGUACAGUAAGCAAUGCUUAUUCAAAAUGAACAACAUUAUGUAUUUGAGUGAAACUCCCCUGUAAAGUCGUUAAUGUAUUGAUCAUCUAUGUAGCAGAACAAUAGCUGAUAUUCUGAGGACUGUCCAGGACUUUAGCAGAGAAGAGGUUUUUUGAAGCAGGAAUUUUAUGGAUUCCUGUCUUUUUAGUUUCUUGGACUGUUAUCUUUAUUUUUACUUAUGGUAGGCCUAUAUAUUUCUUCAUUGUGUCUGCAAACUGUUCUAGUGUAGUAUGUCUGAACUAGAUAAUACAGUUGACUUUUUUUAUAUUUAUUUGAGCCAAAUUUGAGAAAAUGUUCACUUAUGCCCAAAAACAUUUAGCAUUUUUCUCUACCUUAUCUUUUUUGUAUAAAUAUUUUGUUUAUUUGUUGUUUAAUAUAAAAUUUGAAUUUGUGUAAUAUAUUUCUUCUAAAUUAUGAAAAAAAGUAAACUUUUAAUGUUAUUAUUUUGUAUUUCGAUGUAGUUUCGAUGCACUAAAAACAUUCAUGAUAUUCAACCAUUAGAAGCACAGAUCCCAACAUUAAAUCCAACAAUCACUUUAUUUAUAAGAUCCCCCUUUAAACAGUCGCUCAAUCACCAACCCCCAGCCUCCUUGAGUUCACAUUUUUCCACUCUUUUAAAGAAGAAAAUAAAUAUUUAAGACACACAACCCACAAUAUGUGGCUAUGCAGAUCUUGUUUCUUUGUUUAUCACUGAAACCUCAGACUAUGAUUGGCUUAAUCUCAAACCACAUUGGCAUGUCUGAAGUGGCUAACUAAACAGUAGAGAUGGAGUGGGCUGAUUUUCACAGGUAAGCACACACACACACACACACACACACCUGUGCUUUCUGUGCUACAGGUGUGAUUGUGCACAUUCUCACAGACCCAAUGGCCUUUCCCACCCCAGGGGGACACAGAGAGUAGGGAUGAAGAUAGAGGGGGUUCAAAGUGGGAUCCUCUUACCAACACCAAGGUCAUUCCUAACUAAAAACAAGCCCUUGUGCACAGGUCCCUUUGUUCUGCAUGAGCUGUGAGUCCUUUGAAGCCUUUCUGACCGUGUUUUCUCUCCUUCUUAUUGUAAUUUAUUGAUCAUUAGUGCCUGCAGCUCAGGGCACUGCACAGGAUUCAGAUGUCAGGACAGAGCAUCUUUUUUGUAUGAGCUGUGCUGAGCCACUUCAUUAAUUGUGUCAGGUGUGCCAUGUUAAGAAAUUGAGGUGUUUUGGUGAAAAGGAGGAGGAGAGUUGUUGUGGCUUCUUUAGAGCAGAUAUUAUACCAAUUAGGGUUGGUUUAGCGACCCCCAAUCUUUGAGUGCAUACAUUAAAAAACAAAAAAUAUUGCUAGCAUUUGUAGCUCAGAAAAAAAGUUAAGCUAACUCUAUUGACAAAUCUACUACCUUAUUCCUUAUUUUUGUUUAAGACAAUCAAUUAUAUAAAGAUGCAUUCCUAACUCUUGGGGAGUAGAGGGAAAGAAUAGCAUGUUCUUAUAAUCACUGUGUUCCUACCCAUCCCUUUGGGUUUGAAGGCCUAACUUUAGAUUGGGCAAAAUUCAUGCAGCUAUGAGAAAUCAAAGAUGUACCCGAUAUCAUAUGGUUAUAUCAAAACCAAAGAAAGGCCUGUAAUAUUGUUACAUUGAUGGUUUGGAUUUGUUGUUUUACACAAAAUGUCUCGGUUGGUUUCCAUUAUCUGUUGAUAAAAUGUCCAUAACUCUUAAGAAAGAGGUGUGUAUAUCAUGAGGCAUUUGCAAAACAGGGAGGUUAAAUUGUACAAUUACAUUUUAUUUUAUGUUGGAUAGAAAAGCACAAAGCUUUUGUUUUCUUUAAUGUUUCUUUUAAACAACCUCUUCAUUUUGUUUUACCAUAAUGUUAAUUCAUUUUGCUCAAAGCAUGUAUGUCUGAAGCUAUGUUAAUUUAAUUUUCAUCCAUGUAAUAUCCUUAAAGACUCUGUAUUAAGUGCUUGUAAAGUGUGCAGACAAUGUAGUUUUUAAUCAUUUUAAUUAAAAAACAUCAAUUUCA